CUUUUUUUGGUACUAAUCGCCCGAUUUAUCUAUUGGAUGAUCAUCAACAAAAAAUAAGGAACCUAAAAAAAUAAAACCAAGCCCAGCCUGCCGCAGGAAAAGAAAAAAAAUACGCUGCACUGUUUAUUUUCCACCAAAUCAACCAUGCAUUAUCUAACCACCUGCAUAUCGUCGUCGUCAUGGUGAUCGUCAUGUGUACUGAAAGAUAAUUUCCUUCACAACUUAAACAACCACUGUCCUUUUUAAUUCCCUAUUUUCUCCGCAAUCUUGUCUUUUUUAAUUCUUUGCCCCACUUUCUAAUUGCCUAUUUUUCUUCCUCUCUUUUGUUAUAUACUGGUCAGUUUUUCAUCUUCAUCUUAACUCAUCUCAUCCCUUUCAAAUUACUAUGAAAUAUUCUAUCGCGACAGCGGUGGCACUGUUAUGUUGCGCAAGUGCAACCAUGGGUGCGGCGGUGCCUCCUCGACAUACAAAAGACAUGAUGCAGCGUAAAAUAGGACGCAGUUUUGGUCCUGAAUUAGCCCAUCGUCAUUAUGUCAGCCCUUACGAAGAUACAUUCUCUGUUCGAGGUUUUGGUUCCUAUGAACCUGUGGAUAUUGCCAAAGCUUUUGCGAAAACCCUCACUUCCAGCGAUUUCGUGGUUAAAAAUGCCUAUCGGAGCGAUCUGAGCGGGGUGACACAUGUGUACUUGCGACAGAAAGUGGAUGGACUGGAAGUCAUGAAUGGUGAUAUCAAUAUCAAUGUCGACAAGUACGGCAAUAUCAUUUCAUAUGGCGACUCUUUUGCCAGGGGCAAAUAUCAUACUCAGAGAUCCGAUCGAUCCUUGCUUUGGCGGGUACAAAGUGGGCUCGAUGUGAUCUCCAGCACGGUGUCGCAAUUGAUCUUCAACAGCCCAAUGCGGGAACGACAGCAACAACAGACCAGCUUUUCGGCUUCUUCCAAUGGCUAUUCAUUCGCUUCUGGUCAAGGCUCACCCAUGGACCCGGCGGAAGCGGUCUUGUCGCUCUUGGCAUUCGUUAAACACAAAUUACCUAAUCCCCGGGCGGUGGACCAAUUAUCCCCAUCGUCAUUGACUCCCGUGACCUCCUUCCAAGUCGGUGAGCCGGUGAUUGAAUUUUUGGAUGUACCUUAUGCGCUCUCACCUGUUCAAGCGAAACCGGCCUAUAUUCAGCUCGAAAAUGGUGACCUCCAGUUAGUGUGGGACGUGCAGCUUGAACUCCAAGAUAAUUGGUACAAUGGUUUCGUCCACGCUCACGAUGGUACGAUCGUCAGUCUCGUUGAUUGGGUCUCCGACGCCGCGUACUACAAUGUGAUCCCCUUUGGAUCCAAUGAUCCUACCGAUACGGACCAGCAGCUGGUCAAGGAUCCGCAUGAUCUCUGGGCAAGUCCCGAAGGAUGGCACGCUCAGGGCACGUUGUCCAGUGGUCACGCUCAAGUGUUCAACGUCACCAUUGGCAACAAUGUGUAUGCGCACACCAACCCGGAUGGAGGAUACAAUUGGGAAGAGAACUACCGUCCCGCUGGUCGUGCCGGCAAACAAGCAGACGAUAUCGUCUUCGACUAUGAAGCCAAUUUUGAAAGACAAGAACCCAAAGAAUACGAAGACGCUGCCGUGACCAAUUUAUUCUACUGGUGUAAUAUGGCCCACGAUUUACUGUACCGCUACGGAUUCGAUGAGAAAGCCGGUAAUUUCCAACAAGAUAACCUCGGCCGUGGUCGGCCCGAUGACAAUGGCGCCAACGAUGCGGUCAUUGCCAAUGCCCAGGAUGGCUCCGGCCGCAACAAUGCCAAUUUUGCCACCCCUCCCGACGGUCGUCACGGCAAGAUGCGCAUGUACGUGUGGGAUCAGACCUCGCCCAUGCGUGACGGCGACUUUGAGAGCGGUAUUAUCAUUCACGAAUACAGCCACGGAUUGUCCAUUCGAUUGACGGGUGGUCCCCAUAACAGCAACUGUCUUGGAUGGGGUGAAGCCGGCGGCAUGGGUGAAGGCUGGGGCGACUUUAUUGCGACCAUUAUCCGUAUGAAGAGCAGUUACACUCGCGACAUCGAUUUUGGUAUGGGCGGAUGGGCCAAUGGCGACGAAGGUAUUCGAAAAUACAAAUACUCUACAAGCAAUAUCACAAACCCAAGCACGUACAAGAUCAUGGAUCGAUUCGACUACUGGGGUGUUCACGCCAAGGGCGAAGUAUGGGCCGAAAUGCUGUAUGAAGUCUACUGGAAUCUGGUCGAUAAACACGGUUUCACCUCGGAAUGGUUUCCUCCUGUUCCUCGGUCUGAAGAUGAUUACGAUAAUGUGCGCAAGCAUAUUCUGUCGCACGGAAACACAUUGGCACUACAACUGGUGAUUGACGGCAUGAAGCUGCAACCUUGUAAUCCAAGCUUUGUGGACGCUCGUGAUGCUAUCCUGGCCGCCGACGAAGCAUUGACCCAAGGCGACAACUUUUGUGACAUUUAUCAAGCGUUUGCAAAGCGUGGUCUAGGCUACGGCGCCAAACUGGGCAAAGAUCGAUGGAUCGAAAAGAGAGUAGAAAGUUUUGACUCGCAUCCAAAGUGCCAAUCCUAAACUAGUUAUACUCUCCCCCGCCCCCACUCAAUCCUAACCUUUCCCUUUCGAUCACUAUCUAUCCAUACGAACUCGCCUCUUACCGUUCUUUCUUUUUUUAUUUUUUUUAGUUUUUAUUUUUGUUUUACCGUAGUAUUUUCUUUUUGAUAUCCAAAUACAUAUCCAAUUCUGUGUCAUAAGCCCCC